AUGGUGGUGAUCCCACUGGGAUCUUGUACAAUGAAGCUGAAUGCAACAACUGAAAUGAUGCCUGUGACAUGGCCCAACUUUACUGAUAUUCACCCUUUUGCACCAAUUGAACAGGCUCAAGGUUAUCAGGAAAUGUUCAACAAUUUGGGAGAUCUGUUGUGUACCAUCACUGGGUUUGACUCCUUCUCUUUGCAACCAAAUGCUGGUGCUGCUGGAGAAUAUGCUGGACUGAUGGUUAUUCGUGCAUAUCAUUUGGCAAGAGGUGACCAUCAUCGUAAUGUUUGCAUUAUACCUGUCUCAGCACAUGGCACAAAUCCUGCUAGUGCUGCUAUGUGUGGAAUGAAAGUUGUCUCUGUAGGAACUGAUGCGAAAGGAAACAUUAACAUUGAAGAGUUAAGGAAGGCUGCUGAAACACAUAAGAAAAACUUAUCUGCACUUAUGGUAACAUAUCCUUCAACCCACGGUGUUUAUGAAGAAGGUAUUGAUGAGAUUUGCAAGAUUAUUCAUGAUAAUGGAGGCCAAGUAUAUAUGGAUGGUGCCAACAUGGAUGUUCAGGUGGGACUUACAAGCCCUGGUUGGAUUGGAGCAGAUGUUUGCCAUCUCAAUCUCCAUAAGACGUUUUGCAUCCCUCAUGGAGGAGGUGGCCCUGGCAUGGGUCCUAUUGGUGUAAAGAAACACUUGGCACCAUUUUUACCUUCACACCCUGUGGUACCCACUGGUGGAAUUCCUGCCCCUGACAAGUCACAACCACUUGGUACAAUCUCUGCUGCACCUUGGGGCUCAGCACUCAUAUUACCAAUCUCUUACACUUACAUAGCCAUGAUGGGUUCUAAAGGACUCACCGAUGCAUCAAAGAUAGCCAUUUUGAAUGCAAACUACAUGGCAAAACGAUUGGAGAACUAUUACCCGGUUCUUUUCCGUGGAGUCAAUGGAACAGUAGCUCAUGAAUUCAUUGUCGACUUAAGAGGCUUUAAGAACACUGCUGGAAUAGAACCUGAAGAUGUUGCAAAGCGCCUCAUGGACUACGGAUUUCAUGGACCAACAAUGUCAUGGCCUGUGCCUGACACACUCAUGAUUGAGCCCACUGAAAGUGAAAGCAAGGCUGAGUUAGACAGGUUCUGUGAUGCUCUUAUUUCCAUUAGAGAAGAAAUUGCUGAGAUUGAGAAAGGAAAAGCUGAUAUUAACAACAAUGUACUUAAGGGAGCCCCUCAUCCACCAUCACUGCUCAUGGGAGAUGCAUGGACAAAACCAUACUCCAGGGAAUAUGCAGCCUUCCCAGCUUCAUGGCUCCGUGUUUCAAAGUUCUGGCCUAGCACAGGACGUGUUGAUAAUGUGUACGGUGACCGCAACCUCAUUUGCACCCUUCUGCCAGCAUCACAGGUUGUUGAAGAACAAGCUGCUGCCACAGCCUAGUCUUCCAUUGACAACUAUUUUCA